GCCCUUCAGUCGAUGAAUGGAAAGUGUCCGCCGCGCCGCGUUGCGUUGCUCCAAGCUCACGAGCUUUCGCGUAAACAAACUCGCGUGGUCAGUUCCGCGGCGGCCCUCGCCGACUGAAAGUUCACGCUGCGAGACAGGAGUGCGCUUCGGUUCGAAUUUGAGUGAUUUUUUUGGGUGCAGUUUUGGAAGUUACCCCAUUUAGGAGAUCACAUCUGAGUACCGGUGGACGAGGCCAUGGCUACCGAUAUUGAGGAGGGUCAAGGGGCCCCAAUCAAAGAUCGGAUCCUGGGCGAAGCCAAAAAACAGAAGUUCCUAAUUUAUACCCUGCUUGGAGUCAUCAUUGGAGGAAUCUUAGGGUGCUCGUUACGGUCCUUUGAGCUGGAGAGAGACACAAUCACCGUCAUAUCCUACCCAGGAGAAAUCUUCUUGCGAGCGCUAAAGCUGUUGAUCCUGCCGUUCGUCGCCACUAGUUUAAUCAUUGGCACUGCCUCUCUGAAUAUUCAGAAAAACGGGAAAAUCGCAGUGCGCACAAUAGUCUAUUUCACUGUAACGACGUUUAUCAAUGUCGCAAUGGGAAUUAUCCUUGUACUCCUCAUUCAUCCCGGAGAUCCAUCGAGGAAGGCGCAGGUCUCAAAACAAUUCGAUUCCAACCAGCAAGAUGUGUUGGAUGGACUCUUAGACAUCGGAAGAAACCUGUUCCCAGAUAAUUUGUUUGCUGCAACGAUGGAAUCUACUUACACAAAGUAUACGAAUAGUACAAAGAGGAUUGGAAUGAUUGACAAAAAAGUGGAUACAAGGAGAGGAACUAACAUGCUCGGAAUAAUAUGCUUCUGCGUGAUGUUUGGAUCAGUGCUUGGAACCAUGGAAGGCAAGAAGCGGGCCAUUCUGGAUCUAUUAAAUGUAACUUACGAUGUUUUGAUGAGGAUUCUAAAUGCCGUCAUCUGGUUCACCCCACUAGCCGUAGGCAGCAUCAUCUGCGGCAAGAUCAUCACGAUCUCGGACUUCGGGUUGGUGGCUUCGCAGCUGGCCCUGUUCACGUUCACGAUCCUCUUCGGGUUCGCGCUGUACCACUUCGUCAUCGCCCAGGCCAUCUACUACGUCCUCAUCGGCGAGAGUCCCCUCAAGUACUACCUCAAGCUCGGCCCGGCUCUCCUCACCGCCUUCGCCACCGCCUCAAAAGCUGCAUCACUGCCAAUCACGUACAAAUUAAUGGACGAGAAGUUGAAGAUGAACCCGAAGGUAACGAGGUUCGUUUUACCAUUGGGAAGUGUUAACAUGGAUGGCUCAUCAUUUUACCUGGUCGUCGCUGUCAUUUUCAUCGCUCAGAUGAACAACAUCGCUUUAGGAGUCAGCGAUUAUUUUUCUCUACUGAUCACUGCUACUUUCAUCAGCAUGUCCAACGCUUCCAUUCCUAGUGCCAUCCUUGUAUUGGUGGUUAUGUUGUGUGGAUUUAUCAACGCACCAACAACAGAUGUUUCACUCCUAUACGCCAUUGACUGGUUCCUAGAUCGGUUUCGGACCCCGAACAACCUUCUUGGUGACUGUUACACGAUAGCAGUGGUUCAGAAGUUGUCUACAAAAGAGCUAGCAGUUGCAGACAUGCUUGAACUUAACGAGGGAUACGUUAACCCAGCUAUGACAGUCAUCACCGAUAAAACCGAGGAAAAUGGAACGAAGAACAAUCAUGUUGUUUAAGGAUUUUCAGCUUCGUUGCAAAUUGGAUCGAAUUUUGCAGAAAAGAACUAACGUUUUGGCUUUUUUCACAAAAGACAUACCUGCCAUUCAUCCCCCUUAAUAAUAGGUACUUUUACAAACGUGUUAAUGUACUCAGUUUUAUUCUGUUGAACUCGGUCAAGAUAUGGAUUCCUCUUGAUUGGAUGAUUAUAUUCUGCCGGAGAUCAGUGGCGAGUCUUACAAAGUGGCAACACUGUUCUUCUCCAUUUGAAUGUAUGUUAUACAAUCGAUUGUUCGAAAAUCGUAUACAAAAAAUCGAUAUUUUUAAUGGCUUUAAAUGGAGGAAAAACAGUGUUGUCAACUUUCAAAACUCGCCACUGCCGGUGAUUUUUGGAGCCUUGGUUGUGCAUGGCGGAGCAAAGCGCAUUUUUGUUAAAAUCAAACUUAGGUUUAAAAUUGUAUCAUGUACAUAGUGCAGUUUUAGUUUUAGUUUUCAAACGACGUGUGCUAUUAAACUCGCCUUGAAGAAAACUACAUUUUAUACAUGUAUUUUGACUUCAUUUUGUAAUUAUAAGUUAAUUUAAGUUUUUCCAGUUUAUUUUUGUACCAAUUGGAAAUAAUUGCUGAUGUAAAUAGUAUUAUGUUGAUCUAGUUUUAAGAGAAUCAAGUAAGUAUUUCAUUGGCUGUGCAUUCCAUUUUUUUUAAAAAAAGUUACGUUUUCUAAUCCAUUUUUUAAAUUAUCGUCAUGGACUCGAGAUGUAUUUUUACUUACUCCCUAUGCGUUGAAUAUUUUGAUGCGCCUACAUUGAUUGAAUUUAUUUUCGUAUAUAAGACACGAAACGCAAUACCAAUCGAAAUGCGUUUAUUCAUGUUUUUCACUCACCACGAGCAAAUAAAUUUUUUUGUUCCUUUCAA